UUGGACACAAGAAGAAAAUAGAGUCUUCACUCUUCAGUGGGGCUACUAGAGAGAGAGAGAGAGAGAGAGAGCACAUGACAUCCUCCAUACCAUUGGGUCAUCAGCCUCCGUGUCUAGCUCCGCAGCCGCCGCCGCAGCUGCGCGACGGAGAUGCUUUGAAACGUCGUCCUGAUAUGGAUACAGACAAGGAUAUGUCUGCUGCUGUUAUAGAGGGCAAUGAUGCUGUUACCGGUCACAUCAUUUCUACUACCAUCGGAGGCAAAAACGGCGAACCUAAACAGACCAUUAGUUACAUGGCAGAACGGGUUGUUGGAACAGGAUCAUUUGGAAUUGUAUUCCAGGCAAAGUGCUUGGAAACUAGAGAUUCAGUUGAAAGUUAAGAGACACAUAGAUAU